AUUCAAAAUGUAGAUGGAGUGCUGGCUUCCUGUGUGCUUGUUACAUUUAUUCCCAGCCUUUUUUCCUUUCUAGGAGGUGUCUCAGCUACAUGGGAACAAAGAAUCUAACACAUGUCACAGAAUUCCUCCUCCUGGGCCUCUCAGAUGAUCCGGAACUGCAGCCCCUUAUCUUUGGCCUCUUCCUGUCCAUGUACCUGGUCACCAUCCUGGGGAACCUGCUCAUCAUCCUGGCUGUCGGCACUGACCCCCACCUCCACACCCCCAUGUACUUCUUCCUCUCCAUCCUGUCCUUGGCUGACAUUGGUUUCACCUCCACCACGGUCCCCAAGAUGAUACUGGACAAUCAGACUCAUAGCCGAGUCAUCUCCUAUGCAGGCUGCCUGACUCAGAUGUCUAUUUGUAUUGCUUUUGGAUGUAUGGACAGCAUACUCCUGACUGCGAUGGCCUAUGACCGAUUUGUGGCCAUCUGUCACCCCCUGCACUACCCAGUGAUUAUGAAUCCCCGUCUCUGUGGCCUGCUAGUUUUGGCAUCAUUUUUCAUCAGCCUUUUGGACUCCCAUUUGCACAGUCUGAUGGUGGUACAACUCACCUUCUUCAUAGAUGUGGAACUGCCUAAUUUCUUCUGUGGCCCUUCUCAGCUAUUCAACAUUGCUUGCUUUAAAAUCCCCACCAACGCCAUAUUAAUGUAUUUUACUGGUGCCAUUUUUGGUGGUGUUCCGGUCUCAGGGAUCCUUCUCUCUUACUAUAAAAUCGUUUCCUCAAUUCUGAGAGUCCCCUCGGCAGGUGGGAAGUCCAAAGCGUUCUCCACCUGUGGCUCUCACUUGUUAGUUGUUUGCUUGUUUUACGGCACAGGCCUUGGGGUGUUCUUCAGUUCAGCUGCCUCAGGGGCUCGCAGGAAGCGUGCGGUGGCCUCGUUGAUGUACACAGUGGUCACCCCUAUGCUGAACCCCUUCAUCUAUAGCCUGAGGAACAGGGACAUGACAGGAACCCUGCAGAGACUCCUCAGAGGUGCAGCCAAAUCUCAACGCCUGUGCCACCUUUCUCAGCAUGUGGGUUGAAAAAUUCAGUAAAACCAAAUAGCUGGAACACGAAAUUGUGCCCAUUUGGUUACAUGAUCUUUGUGGUUCUUGUUCCUGUCAAUACCCUCAGUGUCUCCUAUCUGAGUAUUGAUUAUUUGAUCCACUAUCAGUAGGAUUG